UUCUCUACGGACACGCACGAGAGGGAGAAGAGAGAUGUGAUGUCCUUCUCCUUCUUCUUCAUCAUCUUCUUCUUCAUCUUCUUCUUCUUCUUCGUCUUUCACAGCCAAAGCCGAGAGACAGUGAAAUCCCAUCGAUUCGCAACCUCUGCAUGCACGUAGCCGUGAAUCGCCCCCCCGCAUUCCCCACUCGCAGCUCCCUCCUCCGAAUCUGCCAGAUUCAUGUAGGAGAAGCUCGGAUCGUAUCAUCGGAUCGGUUGCCCGUGCAUUGAGUUCGCCCUCCUUCACAUCUGCUCGCCCGUCGGACCGUCACUCUCUCUUUCUCUCUCCUCCUUGUGUUCUUGAUUCCUUGUUUUGAUGAACGGAGGUGCCGGGGACGCCGCGUCAACGGCUGCGGUGCCGGAGCCGCUCGAGUGGAAAUUCGCUCAGGUUUUCGGCGAGCCGGCUGCCGGCGAGGAGGUCCAGGAAGUUGAUAUAAUUUCAGCUAUUGAAUUUGACAAAACUGGCAACUACCUUGCUACUGGAGAUCGUGGGGGUCGAGUUGUUUUAUUUGAAAGGACAGACAAUAGGGAUAAUGGGCCACGUAGGAGAGAUCUUGAGAGGAUGGACUAUUCAAUAAGCAAGCAUCCAGAGUUCCGUUAUAAAACAGAGUUUCAAAGCCAUGAGCCAGAGUUUGAUUACUUAAAGAGCUUGGAAAUUGAGGAGAAAAUCAACAAAAUUAGAUGGUGCCAGACAGUAAAUGGUGCGCUGUUUCUUCUCUCCACAAAUGACAAGACCAUCAAAUUGUGGAAGGUUCAAGAGAAGAAAUUAAAGAAAGUAUGCAACAUGAAUAUUGACCCUUCAAACACUAUGGGAAAUGGCACAGUGGGUUCCACUAGCAUUCCAAUUUCAUCUAAACCUUGUUUUGAAAAUGGAGGAUGUGAUGCGAAGCACUUUGGUUGUUCGAUAAAUGACUUUCAGUUUCCAUCUGAGGGUUUUUCUUCGCUACAUUUGCCUGCGGUAGUGACAAGCCAUGAGACGAGCCUUCAGGCCAGAUGUCGAAGGAUCUAUGGUCAUGCACAUGACUAUCAUAUCAAUUCUAUAUCAAAUAACAGUGAUGGGGAGACAUUUAUAUCAGCUGAUGAUCUGCGAAUCAAUCUUUGGAAUUUGGAAAUUAGCAGUCAAAGCUUUAAUAUUGUUGAUGUGAAGCCUACUAACAUGGAGGAUCUUACUGAGGUGAUAACUUCAGCAGAGUUCCAUCCAAAUCACUGUAACAUGCUGGCAUAUAGUAGCUCAAAAGGCUCAAUCCGCCUCGUGGAUUUGCGACAGUCAGCUCUAUGUGAUAAUCAUAGCAAAUUGUUUGAGGUACAGGAAGCUUCUGGAUCAAGAUCCUUCUUUACCGAGAUAAUAGCUUCUAUUUCAGACGUCAAAUUUGCUAAAGAUGGGAGACAUAUUCUUAGUCGUGAUUACAUGACUCUCAAGCUCUGGGACAUCAAUAUGGAUUCUGGUCCAGUUGCAACCUUCCAGGUGCAUGAAUAUCUGAGACCAAAGCUUUGCGAUUUGUAUGAGAACGACUCUAUCUUCGACAAAUUCGAAUGCUGUUUAAGUGGAGAUGGGCUUCGAGUGGCCACUGGUUCCUACAGCAAUGUCUUUCGUGUAUUUGGUUGCUCCGAAGGGAGCACAGAAGCUGCAACACUCGAAGCUACCAGAAACCCAAUGAGGAGACAAGCACCCACCCCUUCCAAGCCUUCUAGAUCUCUCGGUUUAACUCGUGUUGUCAAAAGAGGAACAGAUAACUCAGGAGCUGAUACAAAUGGGAAUUCUCUUGAUUUCACCACAAAGCUGCUCCACAUGGCCUGUCAUCCAACAGAGAACUCACUCGCUAUUGCUGCUUCAAAUAGUCUCUACAUGUACUAUGCGUAGUGAUUGUAGGUGAAAAGGAUUUACAAGUUUCGUCCAGUGACAAGAUUCCUUUCCUCCUAACAAAAAUUCAGAAGGUGCGCAUCAUUAUCUUCUCUGGGCGAUAGGCCACAUGACCCCAACUGUUUGAUUUGACUAUUUCCAAGGCAAACUAUAUCUGGACUUUCGCUUCAUCAGGUUAGCUGUCGGUUUUUCCUGGUCGUAUUCUUUUUUUGUAUCAGAAGUUUGGUUUCUGCCAUUCCAAUGUAUUCAUUACGUCAGUCAAGUCCUUAAGAUGACUGGUGAAGGACAGGAAGAGAUUAGAUCAGGAAGCAGCUUAGAUUAGGUCUUGAUAUAAAGGAAAAGAUGGGGAAGGAGCUGUGUUUCGACAUGAAUUAAUUCUCGUUGAUCACUCAGGCCUUGGUGGGUGGUGAAGCUGAAACUUCUUCGGCUCGGGAAAACAUGUUAAAGGUUUCUGUUAAUUAUAGUUGCUAUCCCACUAAAAACAUGUUUUUAUUUUCUUCGGCGGAGCUUGCUGCUAUGUAUCUCUAUCGAAUAAUAGUGUUUUGUGGGAUGAUGUAGGGUAAAGGGAUCAUAUAUGUCUUUGGACUCUCUUCUCCAUUAUUCCUGACGCAUUAGAAAUGUAUCUCUCAUGAAAUCAUGAAGUUUAGUUGUUUCCUUUUGCAA